AUGGCGGACGGGGAGGAUGUGUACUGCACCUUGGCCAUUGGAGAUGCGUAUCUACCGGGCGCAGCAGUACUGUCCCAUUCCUUACGAGAUGCCGGCACCAAGAAGAAGCUGGCAUGCCUCAUUGUGCAGGACAGCCUACGAUCGAGUACCAUCGACGAGCUGCGCUCGCUCUACAACUAUGUCAUCCCUAUCGAACGCAUCGCCAACCCGAACCCUGCGAACCUCUACCUCAUGAACCGACCUGACCUGCUCUACACCUUCACCAAGAUCGAGCUAUGGCGCCAGACGCAGUUCCGCAAGAUCGUAUACAUUGACGCAGACGUCGUCGCGCUGAGAGCGCCCGAAGAGCUGUUCGACAUCACCGAGCCCUUCGCAGCAGCACCAGACGUUGGCUGGCCCGAUGCCUUCAACACUGGUGUCAUGGUCAUUACACCACACAUGGGCGAGUACCAUGCGCUGAAGGGAUUGGCAGCGGCAGGAGACAGCUUCGACGGCGCAGAUCAAGGUCUGCUUAAUCAAUACUUUGAACAUCGCCCAUGGAAGAGGAUCAGCUUUACCUACAACACCACGCCGAGCGCCAACUACCAAUACGCGCCGGCAUAUCGAUACUUCAAGAGGGAUAUCAGCAUCGUACACUUUAUCGGUAGUGAAAAGCCAUGGCAGCGCAGCAGGUCAGCACAAGGGACGCCGGGCGCCUUUCAAGAGAUGUUGAGCAGAUGGUGGGCAGUUUAUGACAGGCAUUUCCAUGUCUCGACAGCGGACUAUACUGCAUAUGGGCAACGGAACGAAGUCACCCGCCAUGUCCAUGAAGGCUUCCAACCUCAGCAACACGAAAGUUACUCUGCUGCAGCCUACCCAAUCGACUCAACCGGACCUGCGCCACCACCCGAUCAGUCACACCACCAUCCACCGGGUACUACCACACCUUUGAUGACAGAACCCGGCGAGCCGGCGGAGAACAUCAGUCAAGGUCAUCGUGAGCCCACUCCCACUGUCGAGCAACGCAGGUUCUCAGCGCCUCAAAUGGAGUGGGACGCAACUCGUGGAGCGCCUCCGAUUGAGUCGAAACCUGAAGCGGCUAACUUCCCUACUCAGCAAUACGACUUUAAUACCAAUCCAGAACCCUUCCGUCCUCCGAAGUCGUAUCCCGAGCCACCAAAAGACAUGUGGUAUCCAGUGCCUCAAAAGCCACAGGAAGAAGAAAAGCCGAAACCUAUAUUCCCGUGGGAGGAGCGGCAAGACUCCAAGCCGACAAGAAGGUUCUUCGACGAUGAGCCUCUGCCGCUUCCGCCUGUACUGGAGCGUGAAGCGGAGCGAUAUAUGGACGAACUGGAGGUGACCAUGGAGCCCGUCACACCUACCAUCAAAGUCAAUGACAUUGACACUUGGGCAUCGUUCGCCCAGACCAGGAACGCAUGGGAUGAAGUUGCUGGUAUCAACGACUACGUUCGUGCACUUACCGCAUUCCAGAAGAACCGCGGCCAAGUGCAAGUCGUACAGGAGAACACACCAUCGACAGUGCCGUCGCAACAGCACGUCUUGUCUCCGACCAAUGAACCUGAUCCGGAAGAUUUGGUCGAGGCCAUUGAGAAGCGGAGGGAGAGUCUGAUCCUGACAGACUUCCCAACUUCGAUCGAGCGACCAUCUUUGCCUGUCACACCAGCACCUCGGCGACGGCAAACUUUCUGGGGCGAGGAGCGUGACCAUGUAGGCGAUCUGCCAGGUGCAGAGGGAGUUCCAGAACAAGCGGAUUGGGUAUGUCCAAAUUGUGGUUUCGUCCUGCAUGCGAAACCCAUCGUGACUGCCUCUUCCACCAAGCCUUUACACACUACUGCAUUGCUUGACGAAUUUUGA